AAAUAAAUACCAACGAUUUUACAAAUUUACGCCUUGAUUAAUACGUUUAAAGUUAUUUAAUUUAAAAUUAAUUUGUAUUAAAAAACUAACCUUUUCGCCUUACGAAUUUCAUAUUAAUUCCAGUUUUAUCGGAACCGGCUGGUGGCGCAACUAGUAGCAAAGAUAAAUUUUUUUUGGUGCUCGUUGCGAUACUUGCCGAUAGCCGAGAAAAUCACUUUAAAUCUGAUUAUUAACUAACGAUCGGGAUCGAUUUAGUUUUAUCGAUCGGAUCUCAACUAAUUCCGUUAAUAUACUGAUUUAUAUUUCUGUAAGAUCUAAUUGCGUGAGAAACGGAUCCCGCGAUUAGCGACACCUCUAAGAUCGUGUUAAAUGGAUCGGGGUAGCAAAUGCUGCCUGGCGAGAUAUUCGCCUCUCUUAUUCUCGCCGAUUAAGUGAUUCUCCGAUUUGCCCUCACUGCGGGGCUCAGGAGAUGACCCUUCAUUUUUGGCUGCAGUGCCCGUAAAGAUCUGGGCAAGACACUGAACAUUAACCUAUCACACACCAGUACUUUGCUUUCUAUUUAUGAGCCUUUGACCACCAUUAUUCCCUGCCAUCACGUGAUGGGGCUUGAAACAUACGUCACUCGCACCGAUUGCUUCCACUGACCAAUGAGUGCAGUCGAUUCGGAGAAAGAGCCAACACAGCUAAUAUCUCUGUAUAAACCAUGAGGAAGGGUUGCGAGAGAUUUAGUUUUCGCAAAGGAAAAUCGUGCACAAACGAGAAGCGAGAAAUAACACUAGUGAGAGCGAAUUUCUGGUUCUCGCACAUAUCUUACAUGUUUUGAUAUUUAUCUCUUCUCGCCACAUAUUCUCGCUUGCUUGGAAAAUUCGCUCGCUCAUGUCUGCAUAGUCGCACCCGAAGAGAAGAAGAGAUAUUUGUCUCCAAAUUUUGAUGACGUCACAUGUUUAUUGGCACAAUAUCGAGGUUCAAAGUCAACUGGACAUUCCACUAUCUUCGGAAGGAAGAAGACAGUCCAUGCUGCUCGGGCAAAGGUUGCAGGAUGAAGCAUUCACCCAUGUCUAUACAAGUAAACUCUCUCGUGCUAUUCAGACUGCAGAAUGUAUUCUGGAGAAGAAUAAACAUUCGAAACCGGAAAUUAUGAUGGACGAGAUACUUGCAGAAAGGAGUUUUGGAGAGUUGGAAGGUAAACCAUUCAAGCUCAUACGUGAAAUGGCCAAACGGCACAAUCUGACAGAAGAAGAAUACAGUCCCAAUGGUGGGGAAACCACGUCACAGGUGCGACAGAGGGCUGCGUCCUUCUUCGAGGAUCUCUGCAAAAGGUUAGAAACGGAAGAGUCUCAUGCAGAAGCAGAAGCUCGUCAGCCCGUCGUCCUAUUGGUGAGCCAUGGCGGAUUCAUAAACGAAUUCGCUCGUCAUCUCCUCCAGGAUCUAAAUUGCGUAAUUCCAGAAGGAAACAACAGAAAAUCCCUGUUGAAAUUUAGCCCCAAUGCCAGUGUUUCCAAAUUUGUAGUCUCCAGAAAGGGCUCUUGUCAUCUGCACAUUUCCUGUAUUUACUUUUAUGACCGGCGGCAUCUAGACGACGAUUGAGAUUUCAUUUUCAUAAUAGUAUCACCUAAUUGCGGCAAUUGGCAGAAAUGUUAAAUUGUUUUGUGUAAAUAAACAAUUACAAACAGCUUCCUUGUGCUAAAGCAUUUUAUUUAUAUAUAUAUGUAAUGUUUUUUUU